UCAUCAAUAUGAAUAUUAGCAUUCUACGAAAAGUAUUCGUUGAAGUCGGUCGAUAUGGAACAUCCUGCUUUUGAAGAGGCUGGUUCGGAGCCGGGAAUCAAAAUAUGGACUAUAGAGAAAUUUGAACCGGUACCCAUUGACAUAAAAGUCUAUGGUAAAUUCUACAAUGGAGAUUCCUACAUCGUUUUAAAGACCACAGGAAACGACACCACAGCGCUCUCUCACGAUGCUCACUUCUGGCUGGGUGGCAAAACUACCCAGGAUAAGAUGGGAUCUGCUGCAAUCUGGACAGUUACCCUGGACGAUAUGCUUGGAGGCAAGGCGGUGCAUCACAGAGAAGUGCAAGGACAUGAGUCUAGCUUGUUCCUGGGUUACUUUAAACCAGCCAUCAGAUACCUGGAAGGUGGCAAUGAAUCAGGCUUCAAUGAAGUGGUGACCAAUGCUGGAGCAGAGAAACGACUCCUGAAGCUGACAGGGUGCGACAAUAUGAGGAUCGAGGAGGUGCCAGCGGAAAGCACUUCUUUGACUAGACAACACUGCUUCAUCCUGGAGGUGGAACAUGACAUCUUCGUGGUCAUGGCGCAAGGAGCGAAGGCCACCCAGAGACGAAAGAUCAUCAGCAUCGCCAACAAGCUAAGAGAUGAAGAACAUAAUGGCAGAGCUACUAUUGAAAUUAUUGAUGAGUUCUCAUGUGAAGAAGACUUAAACAAAUUCACUGAAGCCCUAGGCGGUUCCAUGGAUGACGCGGAACAAGACGACUCCACUGAGGGUUACGCGAGAGCUGAUCCCUCAGCAGUGUAUUUGUACCGAGUGUUGGUUGGAGACGAGCUCGACCUGGUCUCUGUUGGUAAACCUUACAAGCAGAGUCAACUGGCUUCCAGUGAGAUCUAUAUUCUGGAUACUCCCUGCUCCGGAGUAUACAUCUGGAUAGGGUCUGAAGUGGACCCCGAAGUCAAGAAGAGCUACCACACCACAGCUGACAAAUAUUUGGAUAUGAAAGGAUAUCCUAAGUGGGUUAACAUUACCAGGGUAACAGAAGGAUCAGAGAGUUCCACCUUCAAACAAUACUUCCACGGCUGGGAUUCGAAGACAAAUGUUGCUUCUGUCAGAAACUAUUUGUCUGAUAUCGACGCUGGUUACUUCUCCGGCGACUCCGAGGAGUCUGCAGCAGCUGCCAAGGCGAUCGGGAAGAGCGCUGCAGCCCGAGGGUUCAUGCCUGAUGCUGGACUAGGGACGCUUGAAAUUACCAGGAUUGCUGGAGAAAAAGAGAAUAUCACAGAACAGUUUGCAUCUGGUAUAUCCGUGUUCUACCAAUCCGAGGUUUAUGUGGUUAAAUACAAGUACACCAACGAGAAUGGAGAUGAUGCAGCAGUUAUAUACUUGUGGAUUGGUGCUGAUGCCAGUAAUGAUGAUAAGGUUGCUGGAUACGAGCUGAUGACGAGUUUGGAGGAGGAAGCUGGUGAUAACGUCAUCUCCGUGAAGGUUCCUCAAGGGAAGGAGACUAAACACUUCCUCGCUAUAUUCGAAGGAAACCUGGCGAUAGUCUACGGCAGCAAGGACAAUGACUACAAACCAAAGAAUUCCAAAGACUCCUUCGAUGAUAACGGCAUUCGUCUUUUCAGGGUGGAAGGUACCAAGCCAGGAGUGGACAUGAGAGCCGUCCAAGUCCCAGAGACUUCGGACACCCUGGAGUAUGAUGAUGUAUUCGUUCUGCAGACGCCAGAUGCUGUGUAUGUCUGGAAUGGAAAUGAAUCAAGCGAAGAGGAAAGAGAAGCUGCCUUAAAUUUCGUGAACAUGGUCGUCGGCGAAGAGAAGGAAGUCACUCCAGUGAACCAAGGAGACGAACCUGAGGAGUUCUGGGCGGCGCUCGGAGGAGUUCCAGAGGAAAAGUCAGACCCUUCAGGAUGGAAGCUGGCCGUCAACCGCAGAGUGACCACUCCUCGCACCUUGACUUCUGUGACCGUGCGCGUUACUGGGAAGAUCAAGUUUGAAGAUUUAGAUACGGAGUUUUCUCAGCAAGAUUUGGCUGAAGACGGCGCCUACAUCCUCGAUGCUGGAGAGGAAUUGUACUUCUGGGUCGGCAAGUCGGCUCCCGAACGCGUCAAGAAUGCACGAAGUGACAUUAUUAAGAGCUAUAUAGAAGAUGACGGCAUGGAGCGGACGAUAGAGACGGCGAUAGUGAUCUCCAUUAAGCAAGGCGCAGAACCAGCUGUAUUCAAGAAGAUGUUCUCAUCGUGGAGUGAUGAUAUGUGGGAGAAUCUGACAUCGUACGAAGACAUGAAAAAUGAAACUAAAGCGUCCAAUAGUCAAUAAGUUUUAUUAUUUAUAUUUUUUAUUUAUUGUAAAAGCAAUGGCUUUUAUUAACUAUCAGGCAAGCCGUUAGCUUGUUUAUUUAAUUGUAUAACAUUUUGCACCUGAAUUAUAACAUUUUAUUCUAAUAAAAUCAAUAUGU